UAUUAAGCUGAGUCGGUGAAUCUAAUCUAUGCUUGAUAUCACACACCAACACAGAAAAGCAUAUAAAAAUCGGCAAUAAAGGAAAUCUGGCCUCAACUUUACUGCCCAUGGGCCAUAGAAAACCACUUGAUGUAGAAAGACCGCGUCCUCUGAAGUAAUUGCCUUAGCUGUCUCAAGUCUGUUGCCAGCCUCCAACUUGGAGCAUCCAAUACGCUUCCUAAUCCCACAACAGUCUUCAUAUCGUUCUCUGCUAUAAGAAGACCAGCGUCUCCUCCUCUUUUUCCUCACUCCUAUCACUAGCGUUCUUAAUACAUUCUCCUCAUACAUCUAGUCUGCUUGCCCUCUGCUAUGGCCCCAAUCUUGUUUACUCUAUUAGCAUGCUCUCUGAUAGGCAUUGCUUAUGCUGGCAACUUCAACAAUGACUUCGACAUCACUUGGGGCGAUGGACGAGGAAGGAUCCUCAACAAUGGACAGCUCCUCAGUCUGUCCCUUGACAAGACCUCUGGCUCUGGCUUCCAAUCCAAGCAUGAAUACCUUUUCGGCAAGAUUGAUAUGCAGCUCAAGCUAGUUGCGGGGAAUUCGGCCGGCACUGUUACAGCUUACUAUCUCUCUUCACAAGGACCUACACAUGAUGAGAUUGACUUCGAGUUCCUUGGAAAUCUCAGUGGAGACCCAUACACACUGCAUACUAAUGUAUUCACUCAAGGGAAGGGCAACAGAGAGCAGCAGUUCCACCUCUGGUUCGACCCUACCAAGGACUUCCACACCUACUCAAUUCUCUGGAACCCAAGUCAUAUUAUUUUCUCAGUUGACGGCAUCCCAAUCAGAGACUUCAAGAAUCUGGAAUCAAGGGGUGUUGCCUUUCCCAACAACCAGCCCACCGAUUGGACGAAAGCUCCAUUCACAGCAUCGUACAGAAAUUUCAAUGCCAAUGCAUGUGUUUGGUCCUCUGGUACCUCCACUUGUUCUUCAACAAAACCUGCAAGUGCUUCAGCAACCAAUGCCUGGUUGAAUGAAGAGCUGGAUUCAACAAGACGAGAGAGGAUGAGAUGGGUACAGGAGAAUUACAUGAUCUACAAUUACUGCACUGACAAGAAGAGGUUUCCUCAAGGCCUGCCACCAGAGUGCUCAGUCGCUUAAAAUGAAAAUUUAAUAGUGUUGCCGAGAAAAUAUGUAUAGCAAAUUAGUUUAUUCUUUUAUUAUUUUUCAUGAUAUAAUAAUAUAUGAGCCAACUUUCUAGUCCCA